UCUUUGGCUCAGUUUCUGUCGACGUGGGAAAAGCGGCGCAAGAGCAAACAACACUCAAUCUAUGGGUGUAUGCGCUUGACAUGAUACGAGUGGCAUGCGAGAGGACGCGGAUCUCUGAAGACAAAUUCCAGCAUGUGGCUCAAACCCGAAGAGGUGCUUCUCAAAAACGCGCUGAAAUUAUGGGUGACGGAGAAAUCCAACGAUUACUUCGUGCUGCAGCGCAGACGCGGAUACGGAGAGGACAGCGGGGGAUUGACAGGCUUGCUGGUCGGAACCUUGGACACAGUUCUUGACUCCACAGCCAAAGUGGCCCCGUUUCGCAUUUUACACCAGACACCCGACUCUCAAGUGUACUGGACUAUCGCCUGUGGAGCAUCUUUAGAGGAGAUCUCGCAGCACUGGGACUGGCUGCAGCAGAACAUUGUCAGAACUCUCUCUGUGUUCGACUCUGGCGAAGACAUCACCAGUUUUGUUCAGGGAAAGAUAAGGGGUCUGAUAGCAGAGGAAGGCACAUCUGCAGGUGAUGAGGAGGAUCCUGAGCGCUUCCGGGAGGCAGUGCUUCGCUUUGAACGCCUGUUUGGUUUGCCGCAGAGAGAAAAGCUUGUGACAUAUUUCUCAUGCAGCUACUGGAGAGGACGGGUGCCGAACCAGGGCUGGAUCUACCUCAGCACCAACUUCCUGUGUUUCUACUCCUAUAUGCUUGGAAAUGAAGUGAAACUGGUGUAUCCGUGGGAUGAAGUGAGCCGUCUGGAACGCACGUCGAGUGUUUUAUUGGCAGAGAGUAUCCGUGUGCGAGUGCGUGGAGAGGAUCAUUUCUUCUCGAUGCUUCUGAGGCUUCAGCAGACAUACCUGAUCAUGCAGCAGCUGGCCGACUACGCCAUUGUGCGCUUCUUCGAUAAAGAAACAUUUCAUGCUGAACAUCCACUAGCCAACCCCCUUCACAUCACGCAGAGGGCUUUGGAAAUACAUGCACGGAAUCAGUCUUUCCGAUCGUUUUUCCGGUUGCCGCAGGAGGAGAACCUUUGUGAAGUGUAUGAGAGUUUCCUCUGGGUGCCGUUUAGUCACGUCAACACUCUUGGAAAAAUCUGUGUCUCGGAAAACUAUCUGUGCUUUGCAAGCCAAGAUGGGUCUCAGUGCCAUCUCAUAAUACCUCUAUGGGAGGUGUUCAGUGUGGAGCUGCCAGACCGCAGCAGUCGAGCUCUGACUGUGUGCCUUCGAGGCAAGAGAGCUUUGCGUUUCUCUGAGGUUCGGGAUUUUGAGCGACUUGCUGCCACCAUCCGCAGAAAGUGUGGGACAUUGGGGAGCCCUCAGCACUGCAUCACUAAUCCGGAUGAGGAAGGUGUGAUGGUGGGACAAAGUCAAGCUGUCAGCACUGAAGCUCUAAUGAACGUCUUUCAUCCACAUGAUGCAGAAAACCUUGACCCCAAAAUGCUGAAAGAGCGGAUGAAGGAGCAGUCGUGGCAGAUCCACUUUGCUGAAUAUGGGCGUGGAACUGGAAUGUUUUGCACCAAAAAAACACGUGACCUCAUUGUGCGAGGAGUUCCAGAGACUCUCAGAGGAGAACUGUGGAUGCUCUUCUCAGGUGCAGUACAUGACAUGAUCUCUCACCCUGGGUAUUACGGGCGGCUGCUGGAAGAUUGUAUGGGCAGCAGCUCACUCGCAUGUGAUGAGAUUGAGAGAGAUCUGCAUCGCUCUCUCCCAGAACACCCAGCAUUCCAGAGCGACACGGGAAUAUCAGCUCUGCGCCGGGUCCUCACUGCCUAUGCUCACCGCAACCCCAAAAUCGGCUACUGCCAGGCGAUGAAUAUACUGACGUCAGUGUUGCUGCUGUAUGCUAAAGAAGAGGAAGCCUUCUGGCUGCUGGUGGCCGUGUGUGAAAGGAUGCUUCCGGAUUACUUCAAUCGCAGAAUUAUCGGUGCUCUGGUGGACCAGGCUGUGUUCGAGGAGCUGAUCCGUGAACAUCUCACCCAGCUGACUGAACACAUGACAGACCUGUCCUUCUUCUCGUCAGUGUCUUUAUCGUGGUUUCUGACGCUCUUCAUCAGUGUACUGCCAAUAGAGAGCGCUGUGAACGUGGUCGACUGUUUCUUCUACGAUGGAAUCAAAGCCAUCCUGCAGCUGGGCCUCGCUGUCCUCGACUACAACAUGGACAAUCUGCUCUGCUGCAAUGAUGACGCAGAAGCCGUCACUGUCCUUAACAGGUUUUUUGACAGUGUCACAAAUAAAGACAGUCCCUUGCCAGCAACUGUUCAGCAGGCAUCUGCAACAGCCAAUGACAAAUCAAUACAAAAGGUUGACAUCAGCGACCUCAUCAAAGAAGCAUAUGAGAAAUAUGGAGACAUUCGAACAGAGGAAGUGGAAAACAUGCGAAAGAGGAACAAGCUUUAUGUCAUUCAAACACUUGAAGAUACAACAAAACAAAAUGUAUUGCGUGUGGUUGCUCAGGAUGUAAAGUUCAGUGCUUCUCAGCUGGACGAGCUUUACUUGCUUUUUAAGAGGCAGCAUUUUGUGUGCUGUUACUGGUCAGUGUGUAGUCCUGCCCUGCAGAACCAUGACCCCAGCCUGCCAUAUCUGGACCAGUAUCAGCUGGACCAGUCCCAGUUUAGCAGCCUGUUUAACCUCUUGCAGCCGUGGACCACACACACACACUCGCGCUCUCUGGCACGGUCAGCCUUCCAUCUUCUGGAUGAGAAUGGAGAUGGACUUGUGAACUUUAAGGAAUUCAUUUGCGGCCUGGACAUAUUAUACAACAGAUCAUUCACAGAAAAACUGAAACUUCUCUUCAAACUGCACCUUCAACCAGGGAACCAGGAGUGUAAGAUUUUACCGUCGUCUAGAUUUUUUCCUCCGGGUGAAGAUCACUCUUUCUCCACUCGUCUUUCUGACUCUGCAGAGGACGGAGUGAUCAGAAAAUGUCCAGAGAGAGGCCGUGCCAAAGUAGAUCUGCAGGAGUAUCUGAAACAGUGGCAGGAGGACUUACAGCGGAGAGAGGAGAAUAUUAAAGAUCUGCCCAGAAUUAAUCAGGUGCAGUUCAUUAGUUUGACCAAGACUCUGUACAGCGUUUUCCACGGCGAUGAGGAGGAGGAGAGCCUGUACCGCGCUGUGGCACGAGUGACCAGUCUUCUGUUGCGCAUGGAGGAAGUGGGACGGAAACUACAAGACAGCAGCCCGCAGAAAACACCCCAAACUACACCCACCAGCACAUCUCAGCCAGAAUCCUCCCCAACAAAACCCACCAGCCCUGAAUCCGAGACCCCCGCUGAGAGUCGAAGCACCCACGACCAACCCGAGUCUCCUGUCAGUCAACACGAAACUGCUCCAUCUCACUCUGACAUCACCCCGAACUCAACCUCGCACCCUUCCACACCCACCAGCAGUCCCACUGAAACCAGCAGCCCAGUGCUGGACACGCCAACAGACACCCCCAGCUCGCCCUGCACGGUCAGAGACGGAGACUGGAGUUUCUCCUUCGAGCAGAUUUUGGCUUCUCUCCUGAAUGAACCAUCUGUCGUUCGCUUCUUUGAACGGGUCGUUAACACGGACACUUUGAUCACUCGCGCACGCAAAAACCAGCUCAAAGACGCACACUAAUGCACACUUUCAGAGCAAUCACAGCAAAACACUGCCCUAAAAGCCAUAAACACUCUCUUUCUUUGUUUGUGCAACUACUAAAGGUCAGUGUGUGUGAAACACUUGUGUCGCUACCAAUCAUUCUAUUUCUUUACAGACGCUGGCACUGAAAAGGUAAGAAGUGAGGUCAAAAAUGAGCGAGAGUAUUUUUAUGUAACAUAAAUGAUUCGUGUUAGAUGUUAUUUGUGUAAUAUAGAUGAUUGGUGUGAGAUAUUGUGCUUCUAUUGUUAUGAGGGAAUUACACACACACACACACACACACACACACACACACACACACACACACUGAACAUAGUGUAUUAUUAUGAAUGCUAACACGUGUGAUUUGGGAGGAAGGCCUACUUUAGCUAUUCAGUAAUCGCUCAUUCCCCGCCUGCCCUAAUACACACAAGCACAUGUAGGACCACAAAAGAAAGGAUGAAUCCAAGGGAAAUCAAAAAGCUAUGCUGUUGAUCUGCUAAAAACUCUAGCGUUUUAGAAUUCAUCACGACUAAUUACACAUCCGUCGCCUUACAUUAUUUAUGCUGCUCCAGUGAUCUUGGAAAUGAAACUUGCUGUCGUUUCUGUAGAAGCUUGAUUAGAAACGCCCAGACUGGCAUUAUGCUAAUCAGGAGGCGGAGUUUAGUCCAAAUCAUUUCACAUUCCACCGUAUUGAAGGUCUGUGUUAGGAUUCCAGAUGAUAUCUGUUCAAUUCUGAUUUACUGAAUGUGUUUGUGUCUACAAACCGGAAUCUGUGCUUUAUGCCUUAUUAGUUUUUGAUUCAGGUCUUCAGUACGAAUAUCACAAGUGCUUCCAUUUAACAUUUUUCCUCUUAUUGAUAACACUAAGCAUUUAUUUCAGUUACUUUGGAAAUGAGUUUAUCAAUUUGUUUGAGUUUUGUCGCAGAACAAGAUGUUUUCUGGCAUAAUUUUACAAAGAAAUAUCAUACGGAACAUGCUGAAAUGCUUUAGCAAGAAAAUAAUGUUAACUAUUGUGCUGUAAAUUAUAUGCAAAGUCAGUUCAUGUAAUCAGUAGGAAACAUUAAGUGACGAAUCACCAAUCGUAAGAGACAUUGUAUAAUGUUUUAAACCGAUGGUCUCAAACUCAAUUCCUCGAGGGCCGCAGCUCUGCAUAUAUUAGCUCCCAUCACCUCCAACUCACACCUGCUUAAUAGUCUCUAUUAGUCUUGAACACCUUGAUUAGUUAAAUCAGCUGUGUUUGAUUAGGGUUGGAGCAAAACUGUGCAGAGCUGCGGCCCUCCAGGAAUCAAGACCUAUGCUUUAAACAGACCAAUGAAUAUGCAGAAUCGUUCUUCUGUUUGACUCUUGUUAAGUGUUGAGAGCUCGAUGAAUGCAGGAAUGUAUGUUUUUGUUUUGUGGUUAUUCUGUGUGCCGCUGCGUCAGCUCUACACCAGCGAAACUGUUUUUGUUAUUUGCGUAAUGCAGUAAUUGUGUUCCUUUAAAGCUAAAGGCACCUCAGAGUAGUGAGUAUUUUUCCGUUAAUUUGACUGAGCAGAAAGAUUCUGUUAUGGUUUUGCAUUCUUGCACAAGAAAUAGAGAGAGGGGGAGAGAAAACAAAAACACUUUGCUGAAGGAAUUGCAUUGAAAAUUUAAUUAUUAUUAUUAUUAUUAUGUGUUCCAUCUUCUCGGAGUCGCUCUCUUGCUGUAUUUGUUGUAUUACAUGUGCUGGAGGGUAAUAAUGUGGUCAUUUUUUUACUUAAUUUUUUUAUUUCUGUUUUUGUCUAAAGGAUUUAUCUUUGUUAUAAUCUGUUUGUGCCUCAUAAAUUGUCACAUUUAUGGAAGUUUAAUGAUAAAAUAAAAUGUAUACGGAAAGAUACAAACAAUCA